UUUUUUUUUUUGUCGGAAAACUCGUCCAGUCCGAAUAUCUUCUUCCGAGUUUGAUUGACGCACACAUUAUCUUGGUCAGAAUAUUAUUGAUCCAAUUUCAAUAUCUAUGAUUUAUCCCGAUGUAUCUUAUCUCAUCUCAAUCAAUAAUUCUAAAGACUCCGAAAAAAAUUCCUGAAAGUACUUUACCAAACCAAAAAAAAUAAAAAUUCCCCUGAAAAUAAAAUUAAUGAUUGUGGUUUAUUUUGAUGUGCGGCCCAAACAUCUAAAUAAAUCUGAGCCACUAAUUUCUCUUUCGGAGACUUUUUGGGAAAAGCUUUUCGGGUUCUCUAGUAUUGCUCUAUGUCAUUAGAAAUGUAGAGAUGAGGUGGCUCAGGCACUCAGCCUUCCUUCUCUUCCAUUGGAUAAGGGGAAAUUUCCUCACCAAAUAGUACUCCGUAGAAGAUAAACAAAGCCAAACCACAAAUCCACCUAUCCUCCACAUACCAAAUGGCAACAAUUUUCUCCCCAUCAGCCCUCCUCUCUCCCUCCUCCUCCACUGUCUCUCCCAAAUCUCUAACCCCACCACCCUCCAAACCCCAAAACCUACCCAUCCAAUCCUCCAAACCACCCUUAACUAACUUAACCACCACCCUAACAGCCGUCGCCGCGGCUGCCGCUAUCCUAACUACCUCCUCCCUACCUUCCUUGGCAGACUCCCCAAGCGCCGCCUACAAAAUCUACUACGGCACCGCCGCCAGCGCGGCCAACUACGGCGGCUACGGCGGAAACUCGAGCAAGCAAGACUCCGCCGAGUACGUCUACGACGUGCCCGACGGGUGGAAAGAGCGGUUAGUAUCGAAGGUCGAAAAGGGAACCAACGGGACCGAUAGCGAAUUCUACAACCCGAAAAAGAAGGCAGAGAAAGAGUACCUGACAUACCUCUCCGGGUUCCGCCAGCUGGCGCCAAGGGAGGUGGUGCUGAAUAAUCUGGCAUUGUCUGACGUGGGACUCCUAGACUUGAUUAGCAGCGCGGAUAGCGUGACCUCGGAGGAGACCAAGGACGAGAAGGGGCAAGUGUACUACGUGUACGAGAUCGAUGGGGUUGGUGCACAUAGCUUGAUUUCCGUAACUUGCACGAAUAACAAGUUAUACGCGCAUUUUGUUAACGCGCCUACGCCGGACUGGAGGAGGGACGAGGAAACUUUGAGGCACCUUCAUCAGUCUUUCAAAACUGUUGGGUCAUUUUAGGUCAAUGUAUGACAAGUGACAGAGUGGGGAGAGAGGUAUAAUAAGACGUACUUGUGUGUACAAUAUGUUCUUCUUGUCUGAGCUUACAUUUGAGAAUAACAUAUUGUUUUUCUUUA